AUGCUUGAGGAGAGAGAGACUAAGGAGCCAGCUAUGAAUCCCUUCCAGAAAAAUGAGUCCAAGGAAACUCUGUUUUCACCUGUCUCCACUGAAGAGGUACCACCUCAACCCCUCAGCCUCCCAAAGAAGCCACCUCCGAAAAUUUGUGGCUCCAACUAUCCACUGAGCAUUGCCUUCAUUGUGGUGAAUGAAUUCUGUGAGCGCUUUUCCUAUUAUGGCAUGAAAGCUGUGCUGACCCUGUAUUUCCUGUAUUUCCUGCACUGGAAUGAAGACACCUCCACAUCUAUAUACCAUGCCUUCAGCAGCCUCUGUUAUUUCACUCCCAUCCUGGGAGCAGCCAUUGCUGACUCAUGGCUGGGAAAAUUCAAGACAAUCAUCUAUCUCUCCUUGGUGUAUGUGCUUGGCCAUGUGGUCAAGUCCUUGGGUGCCUUACCAAUACUGGGGGGACAAAUGGUACACACAGUCUUAUCAUUGGUUGGCCUGAGUCUAAUAGCUUUGGGGACAGGAGGUAUCAAGCCCUGCGUGGCAGCUUUUGGUGGAGACCAGUUUGAAGAAAAACAUGCAGAGGAACGGACUAGGUAUUUCUCAGUCUUCUACCUCUCCAUCAAUGCAGGGAGCUUGAUUUCUACAUUUAUCACACCCAUGCUUAGAGGAGAUGUGCAGUGUUUUGGGGAAGACUGCUAUGCAUUGGCUUUUGGAGUUCCAGGAUUACUAAUGGUGAUAGCUCUUGUUGUGUUUGCAAUGGGAAGCAAAAUAUACAGAAAACCACCUCCUGAAGGAAACAUAGUGAGUCAAGUUGUCAAGUGUAUCUGGUUUGCUAUUUCCAACCGUUUCAACAACCGCUCUGGGGACAUUCCUAAGCGACAGCACUGGCUGGACUGGGCAGCUGAGAAAUACCCAAAGCAGCUCAUUAUGGAUGUGAAGGCACUGACCAGGGUACUAUUCCUAUAUAUCCCACUUCCCAUGUUCUGGGCUCUUUUGGAUCAGCAGGGCUCACGAUGGACCUUGCAAGCCACAAGGAUGAAUGGGAAUCUGGGUGUUUUUGUGCUUCAGCCUGACCAGAUGCAGGUACUAAAUCCCCUUCUGGUUCUUAUCUUCAUUCCAUUGUUUGACCUUGUCAUUUAUCAGCUGGUUUCCAAAUGUGGAAUUAACUUCUCAUCACUUAGGAAAAUGGCUGUUGGUAUGAUCCUAGCAAGCCUGGCGUUUGCAGUUGCAGCAGCUGUAGAGUUAAAAAUUAAUAGAAUGACCCCACCGCAGCCCGGUCCUCAAGAGAUUUUCCUGCAAGUCUUGAAUCUGGCAGAUGAUGAGGUGAAGGUGACAGUACUGGGAGAUGAAAACAAUACUCUGCUGGAAGAGUCCCUCAGAUCCUUUCAGAAGAUGCCACACUAUGCCCAACUCCACCUAAAUACAAAAAGCCAGGAUUUCCACUUCUACCUAACAUAUCAUAAUCUGUCCGUCUACACUAAACAUUCUGUGGAGGAGAAGAACUGGUACAGUCUGAUCCUUCGAGAAGAUGGAAAAAAUAUUUCCAGCAUGAUGGUGAAGGAUGAAGGAAACAAAACAGCCAAUGGGAUGACAACUGUGAGGUUUAUUAAUACGUUACACAAAGAAGUCAACAUCUCCCUGACUACAGAUAUCUUCCUCAGUGUUGGUGAAGACUAUGGUGUGUCUGCUUACAUAACUGUACAAAGUGGAGAAUAUGCUGCAGUACAUUGUAGAACAGAAGAUAAGGACUUUUUACUGAAUAUGGGUCUACUAGACUUUGGUGCAACUUAUCUGUUUGUUAUUACUAAUAACACCAAUCAGGAUCCUCAGGCCUGGAAGAUGAAAGACACUCCAGCCAACAAACUGUCCAUUGCAUGGCAGCUACCACAAUAUGCCUUGGUUACAGCUGGGGAGGUCAUGUUCUCUGUCACAGGACUUGAGUUUUCUUAUUCUCAGGCUCCCUCUAGCAUGAAAUCUGUACUCCAGGCAGCCUGGUUGUUGACAGUUGCAGUUGGGAAUAUCAUCGUGCUUGUUGUGGCACAGUUCAGUGGCCUGGUACAGUGGGCAGAAUUCAUUUUGUUUUCUUGUCUCCUGCUGGUGGUCUGCCUGAUCUUCUCCAUCAUGGGCUACUACUACGUUCCUAUAAAGCCAGAGGAUUUACAGAAGCCAGCAGAUAAGCAGAUUCUCCAUACCCAAGGAAACGUGAUCAACCUGGAGACCAAGAAGACAAAGCUUUAA